GCCGCUUUUCAGCGCUUUCCACAGACAACUUUUUUAUCACAAUGAUUAAAAGCUAUGUUUCUAGUUUAAUUUCUGUUGUGUGAAAUGUGUAAUUGUUAUAAUGUGUCCUCUUUAUUUCCAAUUACAACAGGCUGCUGAACAGAACAGGAGCGAAGAUUUCCUGAGAAGUGCAGAUGUUUUCAGGAGGAAGUCUCUCUUCAUUAUUGGUCAAAUGUUGGAAAUGAGUAGCAGGACUGAAGAAGAUACUACAAUGUUAGUGGAUGAGAUUCUUCACAGCAUCUUUUUUUUGGGAUCAAUCAACAAACCACCAUAUUCUCCAGAAGAUAUUUUUGACGGUGAAGAAGAGUUCCUCAGUGAACUGAGGGACUGUUACCCUAGGCCUUUUGACCUCUAUUCCUCUGAACUACCCAAGCGGAGUCCUUUUUCAUGUGUGCUGGACAUGAGCGUUCACCUGAUGGGACAAGAGAAUGAAAGAGAAAUAAUGAACACGCUGCGGAACAUCACCAGUCAACUGAUCAGGGCUCCUAAAUCAAAGCAUCUGAUCUCGUUUGCCAUCUGUGUCUCUCAGAAUACUGAGAUACCAAAUUCAGUCAGGUACUAUGGAGUCUCCAUGUCCACUUCUGGCCGUGAUCCUGGGAGAAUCAUGGUUGCUGCCUCCUGUGUUGGUGGCUGGGACAGCCAUGUAGCUGACGCAGUGAUGACUUACUAUCCAGGGAAGACCAAGAAAAACUACUUUGAUGGAACCUUCAGACUUCCAGAGAAUAUCAGGUGCCAGGCAUUUAAGCUCAGUGAUGGAGAAGAAAUGCCUCCUUGCAGAUCAUGUGAAAAUUUAUUUGGUUUGUCAGUUGCAAACCCAGGAGUAGAGCGUGGAAAUGGGUGGGCCUAUGGCAACUGUGCUGAAGCUGAAAGUCUGAGCAACUUGCUUAAAAAUGAGGAAGAAGUUAAAGAACAAGCACAACCAGCAUCUGUUAUGUGGACAGAUGAGAACAGGCAGAGGGCUAGAAAUUAUGUUUUGAGAGAUCUUAAGGAUUUGCUGCACAAAGUGAAAUUUAACUGGAAUAAUGGUUUCUACAGCCCACAAAGAAUUACACUUGAGGAAGGGGAAAUUAAUGAAUAUUAAAAAAAAAAAUCUUGAAAAAAAUUCUUGUGAUCAGAGCUGUCAGUAUAUCAUACCUUACCACUGCAAACCGCUGAUGUGCUCACAAGUGUUUUGCAUUUCUGUACCUAUACAAGAAUGAAGCAGGUAGACAAUGUAAAAGCUGAUAUAUGGAUCAUGAUGUUCACAAUAAAGCAUCUGUUGUAAACUCAAA